AUGUCCAACGAACUCGCCAUCCCUCGCAAGGUCUGGGAGAAUCCUAACCCAGAGUCCACAGUACUGCAUCACUUCACCAGAGCUGCAGAAGAGGCAACAGGGCGAGCUUUCGAUAACUACCAAGCACUUCACCAAUGGUCCUGCACGCACCGGAAUGAAUUCUGGCGUUUCACAUUCAAUUACUUCCCCAUCGUAUAUUCUGGCGAAGUGCCAGAGAAUGUCGUCGACGAGAGGGCAAGGAUCGAUUCGGUACCGAAAUGGUUCAAAGGCGUGAAGUUGAACUUCGCAGAGAACAUCCUCUUCGUUGGGGACAAGAAUGGACGUCCGUUCACCUCGAUCGGGAAAGAAGACGACAAGAUUGCUUGCACUGGGGUGCGAGAGGGAAGCUUCUUGGAGCCUAUCCGCCAGGUUACUUGGAAGGAACUGCGUGAAAGGGUUGGCCGUCUCUCCCAAGCAAUGCGGGCCCAUGGAGUCAAAAAGGGCGAUCGAGUUGCGUCAGUGGCCUCUUCAUGCUUGGACACAUUGACGGUCUUCCUUGCAACAACGGCGAUAGGGGCUCUCUUCUCGAGCUCGAGCACGGACAUGGGCACUGGAGGGAUUCUUGACCGGCUCACACAGAUCCGGCCAAAGUUUGUCUUCAUAGACGACUUAGCUGUCUAUCGUGGGAAGCGCAUUGAUUUGCGGCCAAAGUGGAAAGAGGUCGCUAAAGGACUCCAUCAUAUCAAAGAGUUCCAAGGCUUUGUUGCCCAGCCGCGGUUCAAGGGCUCUCCAGUUGAUAUGUCGUCGAUACCGAAGUGUCAGUCUUGGGACAGUUUCAUCUCGAGGGCCAAGUCUUCCAAACUGGAGUUCGAGCAGCUCGAGUUUCACGAGCCGAUGAUCGUGCUGUAUUCGUCAGGAACGACUGGCCAGGCCAAGUGCAUCGUGCAUUCAGUCGGAGGUGUCGUUCUCAGCGGCCACAAAGAGUCAACAUUGCACCGGUCUGUCGAUCAUACAUCGAUCCAACUACAGUAUACAACAACCGGCUGGAUGAUGUACCUCAGUGCAGUGCAACUACUGCUCAUGGGAGCUAGAUCGAUCAUGUUCGACGGCAAUCCUUUUUACCCCAAGGAAGAGAACUUCAUCAAGCUGGUUGCUCAGGAGAAGGUUACUCACUUCGGCAUCUCACCUCGAUACCUGCAAACGCUCAUGGCAAAAGACAUUGUUCCGAAGCGAGUGGCGGAUCUCAGCAACCUCAAAGUUGUCACAAGUACUGGGAUGCUCUUUUCUGAGAAGCUGUUUGAGUGGUUCUACGACACAGCCUUCCCACCUUCCGUUCAACUCGCCAACAUCUCUGGUGGCACAGACAUUGUCGCGGCCUUCGGAACCGCGAAUCCAAACCUUCCAGUCUAUGUUGGAGGAUGCCAAUGUAUCAGUCUCGGUAUGGCGGCUGCUGCAUUCGACACAACGAUCGAAGGUGGCCGAGGAGUCAAGGGACGAGCAGUCGAAGAAGGUACCCCUGGCGAGCUGGUCUGCACUAAAGCGUUUCCAACAAUGCCUGCGAUGUUCUGGGGCGACACAGACGGCAAGCGAUACUUCAGCAGCUACUUUGAAAAGUACGACGGAGUCUGGACUCACGGCGACUUCAUCCUGUUCCAUCCAGUGACCAAGCAAGUCCUCAUGCUAGGACGAGCUGACGGAGUGCUGAACCCAAGUGGCGUACGUUUCGGCUCGUCAGACAUCUACAACGUCAUCGAAGCGUCGUUCGCAGAUAUCGUCGCUGACAGCAUCUGUGUCGGCCAACGGAGGCCACAGGAUGACGACGAACGGGUCAUGCUGUUCUUGAUGAUGCAGCCUGGCAAGAAGUUCACUUCGUCGCUCGUCAAGCAAAUUUGUGAGACAAUCAGAAAACAGCUGUCAUCCCGACAUGUACCCAGCUUCGUCUUCGAGACCCCUGAGAUCCCGACUACCGUCAACCUCAAGAAGGUGGAAUUGCCGGUGAAGCAAAUCGUCUCUGGUAAAAUCGUCAAACCAUCGGGCACGCUCCUCAAUCCCAAAUGUCUCGAAUACUAUUAUCAGUUUGCGAAGGAUGAGAAGCUGGAGGCUCCGCCAACGGCGAGGCUCUAA